ACACUCCUCCUCAGUCCUCCUCACACAACCCACAUUCUUUUCUGGCAAACUCUCUCCCACUCCACUUCCAGCUCAUUCUUUCUCUCCCCUCCAGUCCCACCACCUUGGUCCCUGCAGUCCCCACCCUUGAAUCGUUGCAUGCCUUUGCAAAAUCACUAAGCAACCCACCUCCAGAUGGGGAAGAAGAGAAGGCAUGCUCCUCAAGGCAGAUGCUGCUGCUGCUUCCUCUUCUCCAUCCUCCUCUGCAUGUGAUCCCGGGAGGGAAAGAAGGUGGACUUUCUUCAGGAUCGCUGGGCAAAUGCCCAAGGCAAGGCUGGCUGCUGGGAUGAUCUGCCACCCAUUCUUGCUUCAGCUCCACUUUCCAGGUCAAAAGAGGAGAGACAGAUUGCACAAAAUAAUCAAUGUCAUGAAAAUGCCCAUGGCAGCUUUUGCUGGGAGCCUGUUUGUGUAAUGAGAAGAAAGCUGAACUCUUCAAUGUGCUUCUGAGAGCUUAUUGCAGUUUUAGAUUAUCAAUCAGUGUGCUCCCAGGUUGGGAAAACCUCAACAUGAAUACAUCACUUCUCUCUUUGGCAAGAAAUUAUUCUCUUCAGAAUGUCUCAAAAGGGACUUCUGGACUUGCACACUUCCAGGAUGACUGCCCUGUACCUUUGGUGAUGGUCUUCACCUUGGCCCUGGCUUAUGGCGCUGUUAUCCUUCUUGGCCUUUCUGGAAAUCUGGCCUUGAUCAUCAUCAUCUUGAAACAAAAAGAGAUGCGCAAUGUGACCAACAUCCUCAUUGUCAAUCUUUCCUUUUCAGACCUCUUAAUCACUAUCAUGUGUCUUCCCUUCACUUUUGUAUACACUUUAAUGGAUCACUGGGUUUUUGGGGAGGCCAUGUGCAAACUGAAUCCUUUUGUACAAUGUGUUUCCAUCACAGUCUCGGUCUUCUCUUUGGUCCUUAUAGCUAUUGAACGCCAUCAACUGAUUAUCAACCCUCGAGGCUGGAGGCCAAAUAACAGACAUGCCUAUAUAGGAAUUGCUGCUAUCUGGAUCAUAGCAGUGGCCUCCUCAUUGCCUUUCCUGGUAUAUCACAUACUAACUGAUGAACCAUUCACAAAUGUAACAAUAGAGGAGUACAAGGGCAAGUAUGUAUGCUUGGAUUCCUUUCCGUUGGAGUCUAUCAGGCUUUCAUAUACCACAGCUCUCUUGGUGAUUCAGUACUUGGGCCCCCUUUGCUUCAUAUUUAUUUGCUACUUAAAGAUAUACAUACGCUUAAAAAGAAGGAGUAACAUGAUGGACAAGAUGAGAGAUAAUAAAUACCGAUCCACUGAAACAAAAAGGAUCAACAUAAUGCUUAUGUCUAUUGUGGUUGCAUUUGCUGUAUGCUGGCUGCCCCUCACCAUCUUUAACACAGUCUUUGACUGGAAUCAUGAAAUUCUACCUGCAGCUUGCAGCCACAACUUACUGUUCUUGAUCUGCCAUCUCACGGCUAUGAUCUCAACCUGUGUGAACCCAAUCUUUUAUGGGUUCCUCAACAAGAACUUCCAAAGGGAUUUGCAGGUUUUCUUUCGCUUCUGCGACUUCAACACAAGGGACGAUGACUAUGAGACAAUUGCCAUGUCCACAAUGCACACUGACAUUUCAAAGACUUCUUUGAAACAAGCCAGUCCAAUCACAUUCCAAAAAAUUAGUGACAGUGAUGAUGAAAAAAUAUAACUCUCCAUAUUUAUGUCAUGGGGGAAUGGAUAAGUACAAUCUUUUAAAGAAAUUAACCUGUAUUCCUACCCAAAGGAGCCCAAAAUGUUCAUGUUCAUAUCUUUAUUGUUCAGUUUCUGUUGCUCUUUUUUGCUGCUUGUAAAAACAGAAAUCUAUUUCUCUGUGAAACUUCCAUCAAGAAUCUCAUCACCACCACCACAUCAAUUUCUUUCAGCACUGAUACAUUUCUGACUAAGAUUUAUUGACUGUAUUUAUAAUAUUCCUUCAGCUUAAAGACUUUUCUCAUACAGAACUAGGUCAUUCUGCUUUGAACAGCUCUUUUACUCUUUUAAAAGUCCUGGAAGCAAUGAUUUCUUGAAAGUGUUAUUUCAAAACCUACAGAUUAAAUUAAAGCAAAACAGCUCUAUGCAUCUGAGUUAUUUAAAAGUAUAAAUAAUUCAAAAUGAAACAUCAGUAAGAUUAAAAUAAAUAAUUGAAGAUUCAUUCCAGAUUCAUUCCACCCUCAGAUUAGCACUUUUAAGGUUGCAGUUAUAAGGACAUAUGCAAGAGAGCAAGUUUAAUUGAACUAUGUGACACUUACAUAUAGGUAAGUAUGUUUAGAAUUAAUGAUGAUCCACAGAUAUUAAUGAGCUAAUAACCACUUCCUUAACAGUUUUUCAUCUGAUCUGACAUAAUGAGACAAAGUUGUGCAACUCUUACAUCAUGGCUAGAUCUUGCCAUCUGUAACCAGUUAUAAUUCAGCACUUCAGUUAACAGAUAUAUCCAUUAUGUAUUCGAGUGGGUUUGCACUAGAAAAAGCUUCAUAGUUGUAUGGUUUAGCGAAUGUGACAAAUGGCAGCUGGAAGGGAGUGUUUAAUUGGGAAAACAGCACAUGAAGGAUUGAACACUCCUCUCUGAGCUGGGACCAUUACAGGUUUUGAGUUGUUUACCAUCAAGUCCAUUUUAGCAUGGUGACCUUAUGAAUAAAAGACUUCUAAGAGCACUUGGAAGUCCCAAAAAUGUAAAAACAGCAGGAAAGUUAUUUUCAGGUACCCCAGUGCCAUGUCUUGUACCCUAAGUACAGUUCAUUUUACAAAAAUGAGCCUUUGAUGUUGUGUUACCAGGUUAGAAGCUUACUGAGUUUCUGAGAUAGCAAGGUCAGCACUUGAGACCUAGAGAUGGCCCUUGGUGAUGUUUCAGAGGACAGCUGUUGGCAUUGUCACAGAGGACAGGCACUGUCCACAUGCUGCACCAAAGGAGCACUGAAAAGCCAUGAUGCUGGCAACUAUGGAGCCCUUUCUGUGGUGCAAAAAGAAGCCACUUCUUGCAGCUUCGUUUUGCACUGUGGACCUGCCAGGUUGGUGGCAUGGUUGCCACAUUCCCCAAUCUGGCAGGGAAAGAGGGCAGGCUGUAAAGCCCCUUAGUUUAGUAUUUUCCCAUGCGGACCACUGGUGUUUUUAUAGCAUAUGAAACUAACUACCCAGGCAUCAAAGCAUAAUUUAUUGGCAGUUUAAGCCUUGUCAGAUUACUAAUUUUAAGGCCUUACUUUUGAUUAAUACAGUAUGCAUGGUAAUACUCAGCCUAAUAGGUGGUGGUUUUAUCAUUUUAUAAAAAGAGUAUAUCAGUUUAUUAAAUAAAGUAUGUUCCUGAUAUAUUCCUAAUACUAUUCAUAUUCAUUAGCAUAAUACAACAGCAAAAUUACAACAUCAAUAACGGCCUGUGUUUAGUUUAAUGCUAUUAUAAAGGUUGCUGUAGCUACCACAUAACUCCUAGUAAUGCAUCCUUUCUGACUUUUGUCUGAAAAAUAAUUUCAUAAUUUGAGGCUCCUCACUGUCCAUCAGCAAUGAUGUAGCAACUUUAUGGUACCUCAUAGAUAUCUAUGUGAAAAAUAGGGAAAAUUCAGACCUAUAGCCACAUGGAGACAAGUGGCACCCAUCCUGCCCAUGAAACAGACCACACAGUAUCAGCCCACUACUGUGGGGGUUCAGGCUGUUGCUGUUGCUUUUAUAAAUGUUAUUGAUCCUUCGUGUUUGCCACAUCCUCUUCCAUGCAAGAAAUCCCAGACCCUUUCUCUUAAAUGUAAGUUUUAGACAUAAGAUAAACCGCACUUAUAUUGGUGGAGAUGUAAAGGGAAAAGCAUGCAGGCAAUAUUUAACUCAAUUGCUUAUUGAGAAGGGAGGCUGCACCAGCUUUCCAGUUCCCUGACAAAUUAGUGCCUUUCACAGGGAAAACUGGGAAGAAGCAGGACUCUUCUUUUCACAAGUGAGAAUAUAUAAUAAAAUAUUAUGAAACUACAUCAUUUCAAAUGUGUUAAGAGACUCACUGUUAGUUUUUCUUCUCAAAUGUGUUGAGUUACAUUCUUUUUUGCUUUCCCCCAUUGAUUCCCUCAUAAACCACAGCAUGGUAAUAUUAGCUUUCAGCAAAUGCACUGCCAUUAAGACUAAUUUGAAGAUUAAUUUAUUAACAAAGAUUUUAGUGAAUAUUAUGAAUUCAGUUUGUUACAUUAAUCACUAGGAACAUUAGUGGUGCAUGACUUUAAAAUGAAAAAAGAAAAUACAGUUAUUAGAAAUACCCCACCACCUCCCAAAAGGAACCAAGUGAUGUGAAAUUUUAAUCAUUACUCAGAUUCUUAAUAUCAUAGAUAUUAAAUAAGCUGAAGAUAUUUCAAAUCAUUGUUUACAAUUACGAAUUAUGAGUAAUUUGAACAACCCAUUUUUCAGCCUUAUUUAACUCUCUGUGAUGCAAAAAAAUAUAUAUAUAUAAUACUAGCCAUUUUCCAUAUGAGCAGUGAGGAUGCCCACCUCCAGUAUUCCCUAACUCUGGAAUUAUUUCCUUCUUACAAAAA